CCCACAAUCAGACGAGGAUGCAGUGGCUCACCCUCAGUCAACAGGCCACACUCAAGGUGGUACAAUGUCUUAACCAAGGGUGUGGGCCUCCAGGUCUGACUCCCAACUCAGUGCUCCUUUAAUAACCACCCUUUGUUAAUUCUCCUUAACAGGGGUUCCUGGCAAGUCAGUUCUCCCUCAGGCCUUCCGUUUCCUCACCUACAAGAUGAGAGGGCUGGACCAGAUGGAAAUUCCGGGUGGUCUGUAUCUCCUGCUGGGUGAGGUUGUUGGACACAGCGCACUUGGUGCGCAGCCCGAGCAGGGUGCCCAUGGAGAUGCCGACGAGCUUCUGGAGCUGCCCGCAGUACUGCAGCGCCCGGCUGGCCAGGGCCCCUGCGCCUCCCUCCACGGAUGCGGCAUCACCCCCGCCACCGCCCUCCUUCUCUCCCAUCGCCGUGGCGCGCAGCGCCGCUCUAUGCAGGCAGCAGUGGCGGAGGCAGGGAGCCCGGGGCGCGGGCGCCUAGGGGAGGAACGGGGGAGCCGGGAGAGCUGGAGCAGGAGCGCCCCUCGGCGCUGCCCGAGCCAGGACGCCGGUAGAGUUGGCAGCGGAGUCUGCCGCUCCCGCCCUCAGAGCCGCGGCGGCGGGGGGCAAAAAGCCGGGAAAAGCGGCGGCGGCGGCGGGGGACAAAAAGCAGCGGCGGUGGGGGACAAAAAGCCGCGGCGGCGGGGGGCAAAAAGCCAGGAAAAGCCGCGGCGGCGGGGGGCAAAAAGCCGGGAAAAGCGGCGGCCGCGGGGACAAAAAGCAGCGGCGGUGGGGGACAAAAAGCCGCGGGGGCAGGGGGCAAAAAGGCGCGAAAAGCGGCGGGCGCGGGGACAAAAAACCGCCGCGGCGGGGGGCAAAAAGCCAGGAAAGGCCGCGGCGGCUGGGGGCAAAAGCCGGGAAAAGCGGCGGCGGCGGGGAGCAAAAAUCCGCGGCGAGGGGGAGCAAAAAGCCACGAAAAGGGGCGGCGGCGGGGGCAAAAAGGGGCGGCGGCGGGGUGCAAAAAGCCGGGGACGCGGGGGCAAAAAGCCGUAG